GUGAGAGGUCAGGGUAUGGGUAAUCAUCAUCCACAGCAUCCUCAUCAUCAUCUCCUCCUGCUGGUCACAUGGUUCAGCUCAGCUCCGCAUGCCUGGAGGAGCUUUUCUCUCCAAACAAGAGGUGUUCACCGGAUGUGAGGCAGGCAGACAGACACACACAGUGCUAGCACCAUCUUAGAGCAAAGCAAGCUGCAAAGAUGAGCGUGCGUGGUCUGUGGGUGAUUUCACCAGGGACUGGAGAAAACAACCCUGCAAGCAUCCUCUUCUCCAGCCACUACCCAACGGUGGAACGCCGGGCAGCUAUCCGGACUGGGGGAGCCCGAGGAGGGAAUACUGUACAGAUCCUAGAUGAUGUGGCAUUCUGUAAUGCACUUGUGGAAGAACUGGGACUUAACAGGACCAGCAAUAAGUUUGUCUCCUGGCGCGACACGUGUCAGAAGCUAUCCCAGGAGCCUGUGCAUGAGCUGCGCCUGGCUGACGGGACAACCCUCUGGCCUGUCCUCAUCAUCGAACAGCAUGGCCUGCUGUUCUGCUGUCUGCCAUUGGUGGAGGGGGACACCACGUCCAGACCUCCUCUCAUACAAGUUCCAGGGAUAACUGCUGGUUUCUCCCUGUUGCUUGGCAUCCUGGACUUCUUGGGACAACUGCCGAAAAACAUCACCAAGAGUUCACCUAAGUUCCUGGAGCUCUAUAACUACCUGUGCCACGCUGCCCCCUUUGGGUCACCUCUGGACGUUGACCCCUCCACUGUGACCUCAGUGUUGCUGGACAGACCUAACCCUGUGCCCAAGGUCAAGCAACCUGCCUGGAAGCCGAAGCUCUUCAAGGGAAAGCCUCAAAUCUAUUUUGCUAUCACAGAACACAUCAAGGCAGUGCAGUAUGACAAGAAGGGCCAGCCAGAUGCGUACAUGGUGUAUGGCACAGUCACAUGCAAGACAGAGCUGGAGGGAGUAAUGCCCGACGUGACUGUAAACCUAUCGUUGCCAGCCCCGCCCCUGGGGAAGCCCCUGGAAAACAUCCUGGUGCACCCCUGUGUGCAGAGCACUGACACACAGACUCUAAACAACUGUGCAAGCUCGUCAAACCACCAAACAGCGACCAUGGGCCCGUACAAGCUGCGCUUCACCCCUCCCCUGCACAUGAUCACCCUGUGCCACUACACCUCACAGGUCCGCGAGCUACCCAUCAGGGGGUACUACCAGAUGAGGGGAGAUGGGAAUAAGGUGAAGCUGCUAGUGCAACUGAAGCUUGGCUCCAAGGUCAAGAACCACUUUGACUUCUGUGAACUGCAGAUCCCGUUCUACAACAGGGGUCCGAUCCAGACCCACAAGACGACUCCCUCCGUGGGCUCCACAGUUCUGUCUGUGGACAGAAGAAUUCUGGCAUGGAACAUUGGUCAGAAGUUCCCCACCAGAUCCCUGGAGGUCCAGCUGAAUGCCACCGUGACCUUUGCAGAGAACAUGGCCACCCCGCCCCACAGCCUGCUGGGAGAGGACCCCUUCUGCACAGGCCUCAACUCUUACGCUCAGCUGUACUUCAGAGUGAGUGACUACACCCAGAGCGGCUGUUACAUCGACCAGCGCUCCAUCCAGGUCUACCCCAACACCAAGCACAAGUCCAUCAUCAAUAUUCCACUGUCCAACUCCAUCUUUAUCAAGGAAUGA